UCAAGAUGGUGGGAGCUUAUGUGUUUCAAUCACCGACCAUCACUAAGCCAACAAUUGUGAACUGAAUUUCUUCUGCAUAGCCAAAUCACAUAGAUACGUCACGAAGCACGGGUAUUCAGCUAGUAGAAUUAUAACUGUAUAAUAUUUAUUCUACUUUGUUUCUUUCCCUUUUUCUUCUCUUGUAUUUUUUCAUGUUUUUAAACAGUAUAUACAUAGUUUUGUAUGUAUUAUAAUUGUGUUUGUGCUUUGCUUCUUUUCUUUUUUUUCUGUUUUUUUUAGAAAGCACAUAAAUAAAUAAUAAAUAAAUAAGCAUAUUCUCCCUUUCAUUCUUCACCUUAGCUUGCUUUCCUUCUUCAGCGGCAAUGGAGGAGUACCUUCAAAAUGGUGCUUCGUUCUUUGGCUGGAUUAGCCAAAUUUCUGUCCAGACCUCCGGGUAUAUGUGCCAGUUUCUCUGGCAAGAACAAACGCCAUGGGGAAAACAGUAAACAUUGUGUUGUCUCUGAGUGGUGGCUACUGGUGGAGCGAAAGACUUUCUUUGAGAUGGAGAAAAACUAGCUUGUUUGCCUGUUGGCUUUCAUUUUGUGCAGCAGAGACCUUCAUCACCUGUCCCUCCUCUUGCAAGUGCAACAGUGGUACCCUGGAAGUGGACUGUAGUGGUUUAGGCCUUUCAUCUAUCCCCUUGGACAUUCCAACUAGUACCAGGACCUUCCUCUUCCUUAACAAUCAACUCAGCACCUUGUCAGAACAAGCUUUUUCCAAUCUUUCUGCUCUCCAGAGACUGGAUCUUUCCAACAAUUUCUUAGAUCAACUUCCUGAGAAUGUUUUCAGGGACCUAGUUAAUCUUACUGAACUACAGCUGAGGAAUAACAGCAUCAGAAGUUUGGACAAAGACCUGCUGCAAAACACUGUUCUUUUGCAUCAGUUGGAUCUCUCCAUUAAUGGACUUGCUCAAAUCCCCUCAGGCAUUUUUGAUGACCUGCCUUCUCUUCGCUGGCUUUCCCUCAGAUCAAACCGCCUGCAGAAUUUGGACAGGGUAACUUUUGAGCCAUUAAUCAGCCUGCAACAAUUACACGUGGGAGAUAAUCCCUGGGAAUGUGACUGUAAUCUGAGAGAUUUUAAAUAUUGGAUGGAAUGGUUCUCUUAUCGAGGAGGAAAGAUAGACCAGCUGGCAUGUACUUUGCCUAAGGAGCUGCGGGGGAAGGAUAUGCGCUUGGUACCCAUGGAGAUGUUUAACUACUGUUCCCAGCUGGAGGAUGAGAACAGCUCUACUGUGCUGGACAAUAUUGGUCCUCCUUGCACUAAGGGAAGCCAAACUGCUCCCAAACCCAAAACAAGUCCUGAAACAGAAGAGGAGCCCAGUGUGGGUUGUCCCCAGAAGCAAAAGCCACGGCCCAUCAGUGUGCGUCGAGCCAUUGGCACAGUCAUCAUUGCUGGGGUAGUUUGUGGCAUUGUGUGUAUCAUGAUGGUGGUGGCGGCAGCCUAUGGAUGUAUCUAUGCAUCUCUCAUGGCUAAGUACCAUCGAGAGCUGAAGAAGAGGCAGCCAUUAAUGGGUGACACGGAGGGAGAGCACGAGGAACAAAAACAGAUCUCCUCUGUGGCCUGAAUCUUCUUGGAAAUUUGGAAAAGCAGAAUAGGAUACAGCCAAGACUUAAGAAUACUUCCUCCCAGGUGAGCAGAUGGACUGUGCAAUUAUCCCAUUGGUCCAAUUAAUAAAAUGUGUUUAUGAGUUCAGGACACCUGGCUCUAGGUUCAUGCUCACUUUCCUUUGUUCUCAUGGAACUCCAGGUGAAUAAAAGAUGUCUUCUCUUUGCACCAGACUUCCCAUUAAUGGUCACAUCUUGGGAAGGUCAGCCAAACAAGCAUCUUUGUUUGAUUUCCUGGUUUUUUAAAAAUAUUUGUUUGUUUUUUGCAAAUACCCAUUGCCUCACAGAGUCUUUGGCACUCAAAAACAUUUGUUAAUGUGUCUAAACUCCCCCCGUGUGGUAUCACUCAUGUUAUUGUACAACUAUUUAUUCAUUUUAGCUAUGCUAAAGAAAUCUAGUUCACAAACACUGCAGGCUCAUAGGCCUGUACAGUAAUUGAAUCCACCCUAGUCAAUGGAAAUCUAAUCUUCCUCUUUUAACACUAGAAAUAAAGAAUGUUUAGAUGUACCAUCAUCAACCGUAACAAAGAAGCAAAUGUGUAUAUUAACAUAUGCUUGUCACCUAUACGAUUAUCCACACUUCUAUCCACAUCUUUCUUUGCAUAUCAUCAGUAUGUAAUUGUGGAGAGUUAAAAAAAAAACAUGCCUCCUAACUCCCCAUUCAGCUUUUUAAUUUUCUGGUAGCUAAAAUGAAGAGCAAUGUAAAGCAUCUGCAGAAGAAUGGAUCACGUCACUCCUAUUAAAAGACCAAUUGUUAGGAAAAGCCCUGAGCCUCAUCUGGUUGAUCGAAAACCAAGCUUGAAAUGUGUUAGAAAGGAUGCAAUUCUGAAAAUGGGUGGCUCCUUCAUGCUAACAUUGUCCAACUGUGGGUAUCACUUGCAUCCAUGUCUACACAGUACUAAGAAUCCUCAUAGGACUUCUGGCAGAAAUAUAUGGAUAGUUCUGAGCAGGUUUUUGCAUAAAUUAUAUUCAGUCACCCAGACAACACCUUGAAGCACACAUGCACACACUCCCGUGCACACACACACAUGUGAACAUAUGAAUUCUCAUCUUAGGUAUUUUUUUCUCAAGCAAACAUUGCAUCACAUUAGCCUUUAUUUUUUUUAAAACCGGUUGGCAGCAGGGAGAGAAAAACCAGCCUAAGGACUCAUUUUAUAUUACUGAAAGUGGGAUAAAGUGCAGUCUCCAGAGGAAAGCACACAUUGCCAUGGUAACCUGCUCUAGGCCGUCACAGCGGGUAUUCCUGGGAUAAGAAGAUGACACAAGAGGUCGGUGCAGCCACAGUUUUUGUGGAUAUUGUGAUCCUGGCAGCCAUGGAGUAGCUUAACAGGUGGCCCAGAUUCUGACGUUUAUCUCCUGCAACUGAGAAGCUGGGCAAGGAACAGGACACCUUCCUUCUCCCUUGUUUUGUUAUGCGAUGCCUUUAGCAGCAGCUUCUGUUUGUGAAUGGAAGAAUUUCUCACAUCUGUCAGCAGCAGCCACAUUGGGAUAAACUUAAAGAGUCCAAUGUGGGAGCAGAGAAGCCGUUUUUGUUCUAUUAGCAGAGAAUCACUGGAUUCAAAGAGGGAAUCGUUUUCAUAUAGGGAUGACACGGGUGGUAGGGAAAAUAUAUAUAUAAUCACAUGGAACGUUUCCUGGAGGAUUUGGCUGUGGCAUCUGACAUAAUGUGCAAAAAGCCAACAUCAGGGCCAAAAGCAAAUGUUAAGAAUGAAAAAAAAAAACUUUUUCCCACGCAACGAACUAUAUAAGUACUAUAGUUCUUCCAAGGAACAAGCUCCACUUCUGUUUUAUUUCAGUCUGAUGAACAAAACUAAACAACCGAAGACACUAAGCAAUGAUUUUAGCUCUAUUGCUUCCACUGCAUUUAUUUAUGCCCAGGAUUUCAGAACUAGCAAUGAACGUGCUAGCUACACAACUUCAACCUUAC